AUGUCAACCCCUCUUGAACUCUUCUCCCUCUCAUGGGGCAUGUAUCCCCGCCGCGUCCUCAUCUAUCUCGCCGAGAAAAACCUACUCAGAUCACCACUCAUUAAAGUUACAGAAGUAACCGUUUCUCCCAAUAGCAAUAGCCUGACCGCGCCCGGAAAGCCCAAGGGCACAGCGCCAAUCUUACGACUUCCAGAUGGAGUGUUCAUCAAGCAGUCAAUCGCCAUUUUGGAGUACUUUGAAGACAUUUGCGAUAAUCCUCAGCUGCCAUGGCAAGUUGAACUUGCUAAGGAUGCUGGUGGCAGUAUGCUUGGAAGGACGGCGGAGGAGAAAGCACGCGUCAGGGAGGUUUUGGGUCUUGCGGAUGAAGUCACCAGCCAGUUUGGCUUUGCGUGCCACAAGGGGACAGCGCUGUUCAAAAUGCUUGAGGAGACGCACCCGUUCACAGCGAAACUUGCUCUUGAGUACUGCACCAAGAAUCUCAAAUUGCUGGAGAAAUACUAUGAGGGGGAUACUCGCUUUGAUGGAGAUGGACAGGUCACUAUUGCUGAUUGUGUCUUGUACUCGACUCUGCACUUUGCCAAAGACCUCUACUCCCUCGAUCUUCUGGCAGACCCUGAGUUGGUUAGUCUUCGGGCAUUUUACUCUUGGUUCAGUGGAAGAGAAAGUGUCCAGGUUCCGGAAAACCAUUUCCCUGCUCAGAUCAAGGAAUUGGCGAGUCAAUGGCUUCCUGUGGAGUAA